UCCGACAGUACGGAGGAAGGAAGAGGCGACAACUUCGACGGCGUGAGCACCGACCGCCUGAAAAUGGAGUCACUGGAGGAAAUCCAUUUGAAGGAUAUAGUGCAACUAUCAAUGCUUGAAAUAAGAUGCAAGAUAGCGGAACUGGAAGCCAAACUCAAUUCUGAUGAUGAAGGUGGUGAAUGGAAAAUUCAUUAUGAGACACAACUUGAACUGAAUGAUCAACUAGAAAAGCAAGUUGUUUCUCUAGAAGAGAAAAUGGAAAAAAUCCGUGGAAAUCCUUCAGAUGGAUUGUCUUCUAUCUGUGUCUAUGAACAAAUGCCAGUGGAAUACUUAAAUACAUUACUUAAACAGCUAGGAAAAGAGAAAAGAAGCCUUGAAAAUCAAGUGAAAGACUGUGCACUGAGACUGGAACAAGAAUCAAAGGCUUACCACAAGACCAACAAUGAGCGCCGUAGAUACCUAGCUGAAAUGUCUCAGGUCUCUGACUCAUACCAAGUUUCUAAAAGGCAACAACAGAUGGAUCAACUGCCUAGAAUGAAAGAGAAGCUAGUGAAACUGGGAAGAUAUAAUCCAGUUAAUCGGAAGACAAUGAAUGCCAAGAGAGGACCAGUAAAAAAGAUUACGAGAUCAAACCAUCUUCCAAAACUCAAUCUAUAAUUCUAGAACUGGGUGGAUUUCUAUUUCUUCCCUCUUUUCAUCUAUAAUAUUCAACUUGUGAAGUUAAUGUUGAACACAUUUUUCAGGGAAUGAAAUAGACAAAAAGAGCUAUCAAACUUCUCUUUA